AUGAUCUCAACGCUAUCCCCUGCGUCUUCUGAUGCCUGGGGAUCAUCAAUGGACUCAAUCUACAUGCGUGCCCUAGGGAACGGGCGUGAAAAAGCUGCAUAUGCAGCUAGAGGGACACGAAUGAGUAUCGCAAGUUAUUCUGGGGCUGAAGUGUUCGCCUCACAUCGGUUGGAAAAUGGCUCUCACAUUCACGAUAACUUGCUUGACCUGGAGCCGUCAGCUGAAGAGAAGAAACAUGUCAUUCUUUUAUCCGUUGCUGGUGAUAAUUGGAAAAUCAUCAUCAGCGGAUUAAAAUCACUUUCCACAUUAUCCGGCUCGAGCGGCACCGCAACCGCUACCAACACCUACUAUACCCACCCAUGCCACGCUGCCAUCUACUGGAGCUUCCAUCAUACAGCAGUCAUAGCAAACCACAAGUGGUUUGCGAUGAACACCAACCCCCCCGCUGUUCAGAUUCGUGCAGAUGUUAGUUCAGCGGAGCUUCGAAAAUCACAGCUCGAACAUAAAUGCAUUGCUCAAGUUAUUGACGGCAUCUCUCGUCGCGCCAUAGAACUUUCUGUCAAGGGCUCUGAAGGCCGUACCGUGGACCUCUUUACAUCGCUACGCUCUCAAAACCACGCCGCACUAAUACGCAUACUCCGUGGGCUUAACCAAAAACUGUCGCCCACAGAAUACAAGGGUGAUCUUCGGGUGUUCAGAGACGGAUGGGGGUCAUUCUACCUAACGAAGAUACGUUACGACGAAAUCAAUGACGGUGAAAAAGACAUUCGAAAUGCAGUUUGGCUUCGCACAAACGAUCUGCGACACUUCCACACGAACCUAAACGUCGAUUUUGAUCAGUGA